AUCACUUGCCUCUCGACUCUACGCUCGUGCAGUUGUUUGGGCCGUAACAGUUUACAAUACUAAAACACGAAGAUGAGUUUGACACAGAAAUCUUUUGCAGCAGGGUCAACCAUGCCUCCUGUGACCCCUGGCAGACUGCGACUCUACAACAUGCGAUUUUGCCCUUUUGCACAGAGGACUCGGCUUGUGUUGGAACACAAAAAUAUCCCGUAUGAAACUGUCAACAUUAACCUCAAGAGUAAGCCAGACUGGUUUUUGGAGCGCAACCCUCUGGGUUUGGUCCCUGUUCUUGAACUAGAUGACAAGAUUAUAUACGAGUCCACGGCCACUUGUGACUGGCUGGACGAUGUAUACCCAGAGAACAAGCUUCAGCCCACAGACGCUUACACGAAAGCUUGGGAUAGGAUCCUCCUUGAAUACUUUUCCAAGAUAACAUCUAAUGUGUAUGCACUGCGUACUGCGACAGACAAGACCAAACACCUUGAACUGAUACACAAGGCCUAUGCAUACUAUGAAAAUAUUCUUGCUCAAAGAGGAGGUCCUUUCUUUGGAGGGGCCAAGCCAGCCAUGAUAGAUCUCUUGAUGUGGCCACACAUGGAGAGAGUUGUAGCUUUGAUGAGCAAAACAGAACCUGAUGCUAUUGUUGACAGAGUCAAGUAUCCCAAUUUUGGGGCGAAAUGGUACGACAGCAUGUACUCGUUGCCAGCUGUGAAAGCCACAAUGUUCGACGAAGCAUCUCAUUUACGUUUCUUCAAGAGUUACAUGGAAGGAAACCCAGAUUAUGAUUUUGGGUUGGAAGAGUAACUGAACAAAGGUGUUGAAUCAUUUCAAAUACUUUAAAAAAUGUUUUCAUGGAGCUCUCCACUUACAGUCUCUGUGUUUUGUUACAUUUAUUUCUGAGUUGUCAAAAUCUAUCAAUGAAAUUUGUUGUUUUUGAUUUUGUUGUCUUUAGUGUGAGCUCGUCAGUCCCUAAAAGACAUUGCAGUGACGUUUUUUGCCAGUGAUCCAGAAGCUUUAAUUAAUGUUUUGAAAAUGUACAAAUGCAAUCAAAAGUUGUUCUUUUACUCUGAUGAAAGUUUGGCAUUGCAGCUUCUGUUUUGUGAUAAAGAGAAAUACUGUGAAAGUGUAAAGUGUUCUCCUGUCAUUGUAUUGUAAGCAUUAUGUGCUUCUUUUUUUUUUGUUUAUCAUGAUUGAUUAAGUGUUUGUUCAAAAUGUUGAAUUUGCUCUAACUCCAACAGCCACAUGUCCAAGACCUGUGCAGAUGACCACAUCCCACUUUUCCCUGUGUUUUUUCUAUGUUAUAAUGACACUGACACUGUCUAAGAUGUUCUACUGUCAAAGACAAAACACUUUUUUCCUGGACAAUGGAUGGGUGGUUUGGGCAAUUUCAACUGUACUUUUUUAGUGCAGUGGUACUACAGCAGACCCCACUUACAAUAAGUUCUAACAGUAUCGGUUACAACAAGAUUCAGCUAUAGCAGGCUUAAAAUAAAUCACCAAGCCUGAUCUCUUAUAUAUAGUAAAAAAGUUAGUUUAUAGCAGGCAUUCGGAAUAGGCAUACUCGGCUAUAACAUUGGUCCAACUUCUGACAAAAUCUGACAACAAAUGGACCAAAAAGCAAAUGAAGCAAAACGACAUUCAUGGCAAAUUUGUACCUGCAUGACACACAAGAGUCCUAAGUUGAUAAUGAUGUGUCAGUCCAUGUAUGCAGAGGAGGAGGAGGAGGACGGGGAAAGCUGGAUGUACUUUGGUGUUAAUUCAGAUUUUCCAGACUCUCAAGUGCCUUAGCAUGACCUCAGUCUGGCGUCACAUUGUCUCCCUGUGAGAUGGUGAGACUUGUAAAAUGAACAUGACUGAAUGAAAAGUAGGCAUUGAACGCUUGAUCUACUACAGAUCUCUGUGUGUUUCUUUUCCCAGCUGUGGUAACUAUUUGAUUACACAUAAUUUUAAAGCGCUUAGAGCAUGCUGUUGAGCAUGGUGUGCGCUAUAUAAAUGCAAUUAUUAUUUUAAUUAGGUUAUGUCCAGUGCAUCUCAAAUGAUAUCUAGUCAACCUCCAUGAGACUGAAGUACUAGAAUAAGAAAGAUCAAGAUGAAGAGCAAAUUAUAUCAGAAGGGAAAAAAAGAAGAAAUAGGCCUAACUGAUAUACUGGUACAGGUAGGGGGUAAUCUAAAUUAUAAAUUUGUAAAUUAUUAGUUACAUGGUUUGUAAAUGUGAUCCCCAGCUAUGACAGCGACAUCACACUAGUCCUGGUGUCCCUAUUAUAGCUGGGGCCCCUCUGUAUUUUUCUAUGACAAUAUAUAAAAAUCGGAAUAUUGGAUGGGACCAGAUCUAUUAUGACAACCUGACAAUUCAUUUUGUUUUGUUUAACUUUAACUAUCAACCUGGACUGCUUCUCUGUGAGACCAGUCUUGUUUUGAGAUAGGCAGUUUAAAUGGUUUCAUUUUCUCUGCAUUUCCUGGCUUUACUCUGAAUGUUUGAUUUUGUUAACGUAAUUUUUGGAACAUGGAUAUUAUUUGCUAAAACUAUUCUUUGAAAAGCCUUAUAUUGUUUUCUUUUAUAAAGAUGUUUCUAUAUAUAUAAUUUAAAUAAACUCACGUACCCUUUAAGAUAGUUUUAAAUGCAUUUCUCUUUUUUGUGUGGCUGAAUGAAGAAUGGCAGUCAACGGUGUCUAAAUAAACUUUUAUGUCGGAUGCGCAUGCAUACUGAA